GUUUAUCCCAAUCUACUCUGUCUGCUGAACCAAUUGCCAUUGGAAUAUGGUCGACUAAGCUCAGAUGAUGCACAGUUGCUUGAGACAUUAUUUGUCGAUACUGCACUCAAAGGCUUGGAACGUGCUCUCGUCUCACGCAAUCCCCCUGUGGAUUCGUCAGUGGAACCAACAACACCGACUAACAACGCACCGGUCUCAGUGGAUCCGAGUGUAUCGGUAGCAAUAGUAACCGGACUGCUUGAGUGUUGCCGUUUUUUAAUCGAUCGUAUCGCCACCGCAUCCGAGACCGAAACCAAACCGGAUCCCAUGUGUCUGCGGAUCAGGGAUCAGGUGGUUAUGCGUUUGUUCGCUGAUUCUCUCCACGUUGUACGUCCCGAUAACGUGAAACAUACAUAUCUAGUCUGUGCACAACCACCACUUGCACGACAAGCCUAUCUGGAAGCUGUGUUCACUCAGGUGUCUGCUCUGAUCACCAAUCUGGCUCGUGCUUCCGAACCGGGGAUAAAGAGUACAUUUUUUGCACAUAUACGGAAUGAACUAUUGCGCUGGGUGUCAGAAACUCCGAAAUCCACAUGGAAUGAGACAUCUUCAUCUUUCGAGGACCCAAUAAACCAAACCACACAGCUUGGUCUGUUGGAUUCUUUGCGUCUCACGCAAUUCGCCAAUUGUCUGGCACACGUUGCAUCUGCACAAGGCUCAUCAAGAACUCAACUUGCCCGGUCCACUCGGCUACAACAGCAACCAGCGGUGCGACGUAAUCUGCCGGUCACCCCCACGGUUGUCCAAGAUUCCUGGUGCAUAGAUCUCUUCAAGGAAAUUUGCCGCAAGAUUGAAGCGCACUUCUCUUCGGCUUCUUUGGAUUCCCUCGUUCAAACCGGUUUCUACGUCGCCUAUCUAAGCCUGUCCAGCUACUUGCCCGAGACAGUUCCAGUUUGUUUGCCCCAUGUGGAGGAAAAACUUUUCACUGUGAUACUGCCGACAUUAUCGGAUGAUCUUCUCAGUCUGUUUUUGAUGGAAUCCGCGGUCCGUGGCCUGGUCCGCUCUUGGUCAGUCUGUUCCGAACACCCGAGCCCAGCGAUCAGUUCAUCCACGCUCACUCGACAUCGUUUUCUUGCCGCUGUACUUCCCACUCUAAUUGACGUUGUAUCUCCUCAGUCCACUUUGUCUCAGCGCAUUCCUGAUUUGUGCUUGGAAUGGGCCAACGAAUGGAUUCGAAAGCUGCUGUCUAACAGCAGCUAUCCGGAUGCUCUGUCAUUAAAUGAUCUGGCUGCUCUGGUAUCACUGGCAUACACGACGACGUCAACCACGAACCACCCGAUUUUAGUGAAACUCCGUGGUUCCUUACUUUCAGCACUUUUGGCGCAUCUACGACAGUACAUCCCCAAGGAAAAGCUUUCUGAUCUGACCACAUUGCCAGCCCCCUUGUUGCACAACAUGUCUGUUUUAUGUCUCAUGACCUUGGAAGAAAUCUGCCCGUCUUCGGGUCGGCUGCCGGAAUUCGAUGAUGAGGUGAAUUCACAGAUCACGGAACUUCUUGUCAUCUUUCUGCGCUUAGUUUUGACUCUGUACGUGGUGCAUCAUUUCGCCUGUGUGGCUUCAGUUCUUGACCCUACCAGAAAUAACCUAGCGACAUUACUCUCUGCUCCCGUAGUCCAUACCCACCCUUCAGGAAUGCCGGAUUUAUCGGAUCCUCCGACUCAUUCGCUAUUCGAGCUUCCACUGACCGUACUGCUUUGUCGAAUUGAACGUUUUUUCCUCUCUUCAUCUGCAUUGAUUAAAUUGUUAUUACCCAAGGUUUCUAUUCCACUGAUUUUACACCAUAUAGUCCAUUUGGCAUACGUGCCCGUACAAAUGAUUCAGUUCGUCGAAUUGUUUUUAAAACAGUUUGUGCUUACUGUGGAUCCUAGUGCUAAUUCCUUAUUGUACAACUUUUGGUUGUCUGCAACCAUCGAAGCGAUGAUGGCUGUGAUUGACCAGGUCACCGAAUGUGAGUCGUUCCCGAUGCACACCCGUGUUCCUCCACCACGCCCCGUCCUGUUUCCGGCUGGUCUGUUGCCUGUAAAUGUGGCACCUCAUCUCGGACGCUUGUUUCGCAUCUGGCAAUUGGGAUCCCGACUGAAUUUAACCAAUAGUUCACGAUGUUCUGUGGAGUCCGAUCAAUGGGUCCAGUAUAUGUACUGUUUGGGUGUACUGAGAGGCGGUCUAGCUUGUCUAUCUGAACCUUUAGACCCUUGUGUGACUUUCGGCUGGCCUUCACCAUUCCCCGAUUCCGAACUAACCCAAAGUGAACAGGAUCAACAGCCAAUCGGUACUACCGCAAACGGUCACUUGGACCCAGCCCGAGCAGCAUUUGGUCAGUGGGAGUCUGCGGUCUCAACGCAACUUGGUUUAUGCUGGCACAAUGCAACUGCAGAUAUCCAGCUUUCCACUUUCAUCGAGCUCAUGUCCUACCCUGCUAUACGAACCCGUUUUCCGCAUCUGAAUGAAAGACAGAUCUCGUCACUAUGCUCCAUUUUGAAUGCUAUCUGUCUCAAUCGUAUCCGGUCCGUACAUCCAAACUACUGGCACAGAGCAUUAAAGCUAGCGGCCAGUUGUACUGACGAUCCAAGUAAUCCGACUAUUUCUUGGCUUGAGGACAACGUAAUUUCACAUCCGGACCGGAUCGAUGAUUCACUCCGGUUUAAUCACUUGUGUGAGAUCGCGAUGCCCGCGGGCAUUGUACGACGUUGCCUACCAAGGCAAGAAUUGCUCGGUCGAUUAAAGUGUCUUACCUUGGUCGAUCCCGCCGCGGACGGGGCUCCCAAAGACAAUUUAAUGGAACCACCGGAUGCACAUCGUGUACUACAACUGUUGGCUAGCCUCAUAUCCGUUCAUACAGUUAGUCCGGUCUAUGCGACUACAUUUCUAUCCGUGCUGACUGUGGACUAUCAGAAAUGGUUGACCGGUCUGGCCGAUUCCGGCGAGUCAGACGAGCAUGACACUCUGAUACGCAGUGAUUCGGCUCUCGUAGCCUCACUCAGUGCUAUGGGAUUUCUGGAGAGUGUCCUUUUGCUCUGGCAACCAUGGCAAUGGUAUGCCGAUCUGAAUGGCCGGUCAGCGAUCGCAAAUCAUCUCGGUCUGAUUCAACUUAGCAUGCGACUGAGACAACUGCGUCCGGUUCUCACACGAAGCGAGUGGGAUCUAAUCCUGUGCCUCAUAAUCAGCUGGGUGUGCUUCGUACUCGAACACAUGGAUGAUCACAAACACCCCGGGGAGAACAAAACAGUCUCUGUUUUGGCCACACGAGCUUUUCGUGUAGCUGCUGCAUUGGCGGCAAUUUUUAUCGAGCGAGUACCAGAUCCGGUGCCUUUCGAAAAGUUGAUUAUACCCUCUGCUCAAUCAUCCAAAGCGAUUGUUUCCAACGCAGAAACCCCGAGCGAAUGGGAAGACGAUUUUGACGGAGAGUUGAUCGAUAACGAAGAGGACGGUGAAAACUAUGACGAUCAGGAGCCAGUCGCUGAAGAUGAAAAUGAUGACGCUGAUAAAUGCUCUAACGAGCAAACGGAGACAUCCAAGAUAACUGAGGAAGGACUGCUUGAUGAGCUUGAAGACGAUCCAGAUAGUGUGUUUAUCGAAGAGGAAUUACCCCUAUCAUCCAUGGAUGAUGACGCUAUUGGAGAUUCGGACAUGACCAAUUGGAAUUCAGUGCAGAAUCUACUCCCCCGAAAGGGUCGUCCGCCGGCGCAAAUUCGAGAUGAUUGGGAUAAAUUUUUCGCACAUCACCUUUACUCAUCUUUACUACCCAGCGUGUUUCACUCUUGCCUUGCAAUUGGACCCGGUGGUGCACCGGCCGUAAGUAUCACGCCUCGGUCUUUACAGUCUCUGUGUGCUGUGUUUGCCACUUGUUCACUGUCGGAACUGCUACAUUUACUCACCACGCAACCUCAUCUGAUUUUGGAAUAUCUGGUCGAUUUGGAUAGGAUCAAUGUGACUGGCAUUCAGCAUCAGAUAAAACAGCUCAUAUCCAAACGUUCGGAUUCCGGGGACGAACUAACCACCGGUUUGCGUGCAUGCAUUGAUUUUGGCGCGAACCUCAUUCGCUGUUCUCCGAUUCAGUCCGGGCAGUUGUUGGGUCAUGUGAUUCUGUCUCGCGCUCUGUGUGCACGGAUUCGACGGGCAGGAUCGUUGAACACAUUGUAUUUGAGCAACUAUCUUCUUCCUCGACUUCCGACCUCUUGGUUGCUGGCCCUAUACGGUUCACUUCCUGCUCGUUUGGAACGUGAUUUGAAUUCAGAUCGCGCGCUCACCGAGUGGGGUCGUGGUGGUAACGUGCUCACCUAUCUUGUUCAAAAUUCCAUUCAACAGGGCUGGUUCCUUGAUGUUGAGGCACAUCACCAACUGCUUAGUUAUUUGCUGUCUUGGGACUGCUUAUUGACCAUGCUCACUUCAGCCGGCCCCCAGGCUCGNUGA